UGGGUGCUCAAGCAAUCAGCCCGAUCCCGUAUCAGUGACGAAGGCCGCGGCCGCCCUCCCGCGAGCGCCGGCCGAGCCCAGUCGCCGCCAGUGCUCGCUCGGGUCUCGUCGCCUCGGCCGCGCCUCGCUCGGACAGCGCCGCUUGACUCGGGGACUGUUUGGAGUUGUGCUUCGUUACUUCGCGCAUCCAGCCAUGCUGAGCAAGGCCGCCAGCAGCGUGCCCGCCCGUGUAGCGGCCACGGGCGCCCUCAGGACGAGCUCGCACGCGGCGGACGGCGGCGCGAAGGCGUUCAACCAGCCUCUGUCGCCGAAUUACCUGACGAGGGCCGGCGGGAUCGCCUCCUUCAUGCGGCUCCCUGUGCAGGACGACACGCAAGGCCUCGACGCGUGCCUGGUGGGCGUUCCCCUGGACGUGGGCACCUCGAACCGCAGCGGCACUCGCAUGGGGCCCCGCCAGAUCCGCACCGAGUCGGUCCUCCUGCGCCCGAACAACCAGGCCACGGGCGCCAUGCCCUUCGAGUCGCUCAACGUGGCCGACGUCGGGGACGUGCCCAUGAAUAUUUACAACUUGCCCGAGGCGUGCAAACACAUCCGGAGUCACUAUAGCGAGUUAGUGAAGGACGGCUGCAUUCCCCUCACCAUGGGCGGCGACCACACCAUCACGUACCCCAUCCUGCAGGCCAUCAAGGACCGUUACGGCACCGUCUGCCUCAUCCACGUCGACGCCCACAAUGACGUCAGCGACACGAUGCUGGGAGCGAAGAUCACCCACGGGACGCCCUUCAGGAGAGCCGUCGAGGAGGACCUGAUCGACCCGAAGGCUACCGUGCAGAUAGGCCUACGUGGCUCCUCUUACACUGUGGAUGCGCAUGCGUGGCAGAUAAGCAAGGGUUUCCGCAUCGUCCAAGCCCACCAGUGUUGGCACAAGUCCCUGGAGCCUUUGAUGGAGGAGGUGAAAGCCAUGAUGGGCGAUCGACCCGUUUACCUCUCCUUCGACAUCGACGCUAUUGACCCUGGCUUCUGUCCUGGCACUGGCACCCCUGAAAUUGGAGGUCUGACCCCCAUCCAGGCGCUGGAAAUCAUCCGUGGGUGCCGUGGCCUGAACCUCGUGGGAUGUGACUUGGUCGAGGUGUCUCCUCCAUAUGACUUCGAGGGAACUACUGCUCUUACUGGCGCCAAUCUGCUCUUUGAGAUGCUCUGUGUUCUUCCCCGUGUGAAAUAUUAUGAUUUCAAAUAAAAUUCAAUUGGUGUGAUUAUAAAGAUCAUGGAGUAAAUUUUUUUUUUAGGAUGAUAAGUACCAUUUGAACAAAAAUGUAAACAAACGUGUUAA